GCCAUCUAGUGAGUAAAAUAUUGUAAACACUAUCACGUGUUAGGCAUGAGCUGGAGUUCAGGGUGGUGACCCAAAAUUUGGGCCAGCCUAAUCUAUCUGUAUUCCUUGGUCAUUAUUCAAGCGAGUGUGGCCUUAAUGCAGGUCAUGGGGGAGAAGUUGGAUACAGAGAAAAUUCAACAUAUUUUGCGCAAAUGUGCUCCACUUCCUGGACUAGAGUGUCUAGAUGGCAGUGAAGACAUAGAGUUGGAAGAGAUUGGCGAUGGAAAUAUCAAUGAUGUUUUUCGAGUUACAAGUGUUAAGGAGCGCUCACAAUCCCUUGUUGUCAAACAUGGACCAGCAUAUAUCAAGUGCUUAGGUCCAGAGUUCCCAUUAUCCAUAGUCAGGUUGAAGGUGGAGUAUAAUGCAUUAGCCGCCUUUCAAAGAAUUUGUCCUGGAUACUCCCCCUGCCCAUAUUAUUUUGAUGUGGAGACCAAUGCAGUUUUAAUGGAAGAUCUGAGAGAUCAUUCCAUAAUGAGAAAAGAACUGAUAAGUGGAUAUAUAAAUAUGGAGACUGUGAAGAAGAUAGCCUACUUUCUUGGUUGUGUGCACAGGGACACCCAUGUCAGCAAACUAAGUGAAGCAGAAUUUGAGAAACUUCAGCAAGAUUUUCAAAAUGAAGACAUGGUUUCUUUAACAAGACAGUACAUUUUCACUCGCCCAUUUGAUAAAACUGAUCCUACCAACAGAUGCUCAGAAGCAGUGCAAAAGAAAUUGCACCUCGUAUAUGAAGACCCUGGACUAUUAGACAGUGUGUGGAAAAUGAGGAAUUUGUUUCUAGAAAAGAAGGAAUGCUUAGUCCACGGAGAUUUACAUACUGGCUCUGUACUAGUCAGUAAUAAUUCAGCCAAGGUGUUUGAUAAUGAGUUUGCCUAUGUUGGACCUGCAGCUUUUGACUUGGGACUCCUGAUAGCCAAUUACAUCUUUUCCUAUUAUCGUCACAUGUCAACACAGGAAAAUCAUGACACACAUCGAAAGUUCAGUCAGAAAUUGAUUGAAGCUUGUUAUCUGACAGUUAACACUUACCUGUCAGUCAUGACCUGCACAGUAGGGCAGCGCCAUGAGUACUUGAACAACCUGCUCACAGAAACGGCUGGAUUUGCUGGCUGUGAAAUCAUUCGCAGAAUAAUUGGGACAGCUCAUGUUGAGGAUUUAGAAGGCAUACCUUAUGCUGAAGAAGAUGCACUGGAGGCUGGUGUACGUCUUCUUCUUGGACAUGAUAGGAUCCAUACCAUUGAUAGACUAAUGGUCAUAGCACUUAUGCUAACAUAAGAGACACCAGGGUCAGAUAAAUCAACUGGAGGUCCAAAGCAGAGAAGACUGUAAUUGAACAAAUUGAAAAAAAAAAUAUUGGUCUGGGUUCUGUUUCACUGGCAUUAGGGAUUCGGCCUGUUCUAGUUUCACAAACUGAGGUGGUAGCACAUUUUUCCAAGAUUAAAAUUACUCACUAGUAUAUCAUGCUGAUAUAUAUUUCUUAACUAGAGGUACUCUUUAUGGAAUUUACCUGGCAAAAUGAAUUUUCCUUGGGGAAGAAAUAAAUUUUCUCAUACUCGUGAAUCAUUGCUCAACCCAUUCCUUCACUUGGAUUCGAUUUUUUACUCCACUUUUAUUUAAAUAAUUUAGUUUUGAAUUUAGAAUUUAGAACACCAUGUCUUCCUGUAUUUUUCAGAAUGAAAUAUCAUCAUCAAAUACUUUUAUUUGAGGAGAUCUAUGUUUUCUGAAUUGGUAAUUAUAAGUAGUUUUGCAGGAUAUGUAGAGAAAUAAUGACAAAAAUUAGGGAAAUUUUCAAAUCUUUAAUAAAUAAUUUAACCCAUUUUCAUCCUCUCAUGGACAUUGACUACAAGGAUUCUGUGGUGAAGGGCUUCUGCAAGUUUGCCAAUGAGUUUGUCUCAGAUUUAUUUUGUUUAAAACAAUAUUUACAUGUUAUUUAGGAAAUUUUAACAUUUUUAACUAUUAUUUGUUGACAUGUUUAUUGAUAGAAGUGAGAAGCCAAUUAUCUUUAAUAUUUUACUUAUUUUUGUUACCUUUAUUCGGUAUUUCAUUGGUAUCUUUUGUGAAAUAUCAACAAUAACUUGCUUAAAUGUAUGUGUGAUAUAUAU